CAUCAAUAGGUGUGCACCGGGUUCGUUGUUCGUCAUGGACACGCAGCGAAGUAGGAGUAACCUGUGAUUUUCUAAUCAAGGGAGUUGCUGUUGUGAUUGAUUAUUUCAGAUUGGAAGAGUGGUACUGUAUCUGUACCAGUCCAUGUAUGUCGUAUAUUACUUAGCUAUCGCGACUACUAGUAUAUUACUUAGCGACUACUAAAAAUCGUAAAGACGAAGAUGACAUCGACUGUUGCGCAACAGCCUGGUUCAGGGGCAAGGGUGCCAUUAGUGGAACCGGAGGAGGUGGACGCUUGGGCUCCGCCGCCGCGCCGACGAUGUCUAGAUCGAUGGAUAAAAUACUUUAUCGACCCGAGGCGCACGUGCCACGUGCUCUUCAUCCACUUCCUAGUAUGCUGCUUCAUUCCAGGCCCUUAUUUUUUUGACAGCCUCUGGGGCGCCUACAAAGGCGAUUUGCUUUAUGAAAGGGACAACAUCUUCAAAAAUGGAACUAUUUGACUUGUUCUCCUUUGGGGCUGACAGGACGACGAUAGCGCCGGCGCUUAAUUAGUUUUAGCAGAUAGGAGCAUAAUUGAUGUUAGUGAUAAGUGCCCUGCUCUCUUUUCUAUCUUCCUCUUGUCUUUCUUUUUUCGAGUUAGGUCGGCUCCGCCACGAUUAUUUGACUUCUCCUUCGGAAUGAAGACUCCACGGAAGUUUCUGGCUUGAUUCUAAGAAACCCACGCUGCUCCUUGAAUUUUCCCAGAAAGGUACUUCUAUAUCAAGAAGAUGAAGAAGUACUUCGUCACCUAUGCUAGAUAGUGUCUAGUGUAAUAUCACCAAAGUCGUAAAACAUAUUCAGACCCAUGUUCAUUACUGUGUAUGGAUGGAUAUCGACAAUACGCAGUACGGUCUCAUACUUGCGAUUGGUAGUCUGUCUGCAG